AGAACCAAGAAGGGAAGGGAAGAGAAGGCAGGAGGACGGAGGAGGGGGUGGAGGGGGAGGGAGAAUGACACACGCAAAACCGGAGAAAGGCACUGCUGUAGUAAUUUGCAAUCAAACGCCAAAGCGGGGGAGGUGUUUCUCUUCCCCACCCCUCGAGAUCACAUGGUGACCCUUCUCAGCCAAUGCAAUGGACGCUAGGACCCUGCGGGACCCCGGGAUCCGAGAUUGCACCGGCUCUGCCGCAUUAUAAAUACUUCUCCAAAAUGCACCGCUGUUCCUUUCUAUCUUUCCAGCUGGUUCCAUUCGUUUCGGGCUCAUAAACGACAGAUCGCAGGCUUGGGGGGAGGGGGGGAAAGAAGCGCCCACUCACGGCAUUCCUUUUAAAAGAUAUUUCAUUAUUUAAGUGAAUAUUUAUUUAUUAUUUUUUUUGCACACCUAGUCUCUUUCCCGGCCAGUUUGCAUGCAUUGUCUGUCUCCCAAAAUGGUUUGCGAGACGAAAAUCGUGGCAGAAGAUCAUGACACCAUCCCCGGCUCCAAGAAAGACACCGUGAUCGUGUCCUCCUCCCAGAUGUGGCCCUCGCUCUCUGGCGGUUCGGCGCCCUCCCCGGCGCCGCCGAUGCCGCCCCCCAGCGCGGCGGCCGCUGAGGUGGCUGGUGAAGAUGGUAAAAAGGAGCACGUUUGCAUCCGCGAGUUCCACCCUGCAGAGCAAGACACGGUGCGCCGCAUCUUCUAUGACGGCAUCAUGGAGAGAAUCCCCAACACCGCGUUCCGGGGCCUGAAGCAGCAGCCCUUCACGCAGCUGAUGUAUGUGCUCCUGGCGUUGCUAUGCUUUCUACUGACCAGAUGUCUGUUGCUCACCUGCUUCGUGCCUGUCUUCCUUCUGGCCAUGAGGUAUUACUACAGCCGGAAGGUGAUCCUCACCUACCUGGAGUGUGCGUUGCACACGGACAUGGCCGACAUUGAACAGUACUACAUGAAGCCUCCAGGUUCCUGCUUUUGGGUGGCCGUCCUGGAUGGCAAUGUGGUGGGAAUUGUGGCAGCCCGGGGCAGUGAGGAUGACAAUACCGUGGAGCUGCGCCGCAUGUCCGUUGACUCGAGGUAUCGAGGUAAAGGCAUCGCCAAGGCCCUGGGUCGCAAGGUCCUGGAGUUUGCCAUGCUCAACAAUUACUCCUCUGUGGUGCUGGGUACUACGGCGGUCAAAGUGGCUGCCCACAAGCUGUAUGAGUCCCUGGGCUUCAAGCACAUGGGGGUUGUGGAGCACUACGUCCUCCCGGGGAUGACACACUCCCUGGUGGAGAAGAUGUUCUUUCAGCUCCGCUACCACCGCUAUCGCCUGCAGUUACGUGAGGAAUAAUGAUGACGCCCUUUCAACAGCCGGAAAAACCAAACCAAACCCAUCCCGCCGACCCGACCACCGUUCUUCUCUCUCAGCCCAACCCAAUGAUUCUCCUUCCUGUUUUCCAAAUGCUUAACCCAGCACUUUCAUGGAUUGUGGUUUGUUCGUUUGUUUUUUACGUUGUAUGGUUUAUUUGGCUGAUUUUUGGUGGGGUGGCCGGGUGGGGGAGGGGAAGAGGAUCUGCUUCUUUCAUUAUUUAAAAGCUUCUUUUUCUUUUUUUGUGGUAGUUUGGUUUUGAGUUGGUUGCUCUCCCAUCCCUGCCCCCGUACCCGUCCGAGUCCAUCUUCGAUCUGCUCCCCCUGUCCAGUGCUGUCAGCAUCCAGACAGACUCUGACUAAGAUGAUGACAACAGAAAUAAUAACAAAAUGAGCAGGCAAUCAGUCUGUCCCGGGCCAGUGGACAAGCCAAGCCCGCGGCAUUCCUCCUCAUGCUGGGAGCAUCAUGAGCCACGUCAUCAAGGCCACCAGACCUGUUGUUCAUCCAGAGAGUGGCAUUGUCCUCAUGCACCAGUUGAAACAGCCUUGUCCAAGCCCUCACCCCAUCCACUCUUCUCCUUCUCCCCCCAGGUAACACAGAGACUUCAUUAAGCACAGAGACUGAAAGCAGAAUCACUAGAGAAAACCACCCUGUCCCUGUGGCUCCCAGUCCCCUGCUUCCCUGGCCUGUUGUACAUAUAGUGGCCUCAUUGUCCACACAGGCUCCAGGAGCACUCCCCCUCCCCCCGUGGAUGUUCAAUACCUGUCCCCUCUCCCCCACUCCCCAACUUGCGUGCAAUUCCCAGCAUUAUCCUGGCCUAUAAAGAGGACAUAAGCUCUUUGUCCCAGGCCUGGCAGUCAGCGGUCAGUGGUCCGCCGAGGGACCAGCAUGGGAAGCUGCUUUGCCGUAAUGCAUGAAGAGGAUGUGCCUGCUUGUGCUUGCAUUGGCUAACUCGUAGCGCUACCACCUGGACAAUGACCUUGCACUUUUUUCUGGAUGUGCCUCAUUCUGCCAAAAUCGUCCGAGGGAACCCCUGGUGCAUCCGAUGACCGAGACUCUCUCCCUCUUCCGUCCUCCCCUCCAAACCCCAAUCCCCCUUCUCUCUCGACCUAAGCCAGCAAACAAACUUAACCCAUUGGAGCUGUGGAGAUCCAGUGUAAUAUAGUGUAAAAUAUCAGCCUCUGAUUGCUCUACUCCCCUGCCCUACCUUCAGUCCACAGCCCACACCAGCCCCAUAGCCCUCAGCCAGACUCUGGCAGCAUCAUCACCAUGUUUCCUUUACCACAUCCCAGCUUGAUCAUUUCAUUUAUUAUUCUCAUUGAUUAUUUCUCUUAUUUAUUUGUGGUCAUACCCCUUCCCUUCCCUUCCCUUCCCUUCCAUCUUCCACUCUUUCCCCUUCCCUUCUCUCUUCCCUUCGCCCCCCCCUGCCCCCAGCCCCCUUAUUUUACUUUAUGAGUUUAGUUUAUUUUGGCUGUGGCUGAACAGUGUCAUUGAAGCCUAGGGGAGGGCGGGUUCCUAUGGCAACACAUUUGCACAUUAAUGUGCCCACCCAAUCCAGCCCCUUCAGCAGAGCCUUGGCUGGGGAAGCCAGCAUCCCUAUUAUCCCAAGCAGCUGCUUGUUAGAUAAGCAGAGCAGGCCUGGCCUGGUCUUGCCUCGUGGCUGCAGCUGACUGCCCGCCACAAAGGGAAGCCACUGCGUUAACAUCGUUGGCGCGUGUGAAUCCUAUUGUGCAAAUAGCAAUGCGAGGCAGACUGGGCGUGUGUCUGUAUGGAGGAUGGAUGUACAGUGCCUGUCCCCGGGGAGCGGCCUAGACAACAGCUUCUUCUCGCCUGAAAUUGUACCUUUUUUUGUAACUUAUUUAACAGAAUAGCAACUUUGCAUGACUUUACUGUCUUGGGAAAAACCGGUAGGUUAUACUUUUUUAAAAAAAACCAACAAUACAAAAA